AUGGCCUCUGAGGCUUCUCCUUGCCUUGGGCCACCCCCAGACUGCCUGUGGGUCCGGAGGCCUGGCAUCUACGAGGACGAGAAGGGGAGGACCUGGGUGACUGUGGUCAUUCGGCUCAGUCCUUCCCAAAGAGCUCGCACCAGAGGCUCUUCUGGCAGCACACGUGAGCCCAGCAUUACGGUCCACAUGUGGCAGAUGCCAGUGCACCCCCAGAAGCCCCUGCGUCCCCAGGAGCCCAGCGAGCUGCCCCUUUCCCGCCUGCCCGUUAUGUGGCAGCUCGAGCCCGGAAGAAGGUACCGAGCCACAGACUCCAGGCUCUGGGAGCUUGUGGACCACGGCCAGGUGGGCACCACAGAACAGAUGGUCCUCACUCAGCAGCCACUGGGCACGGAGUAAGGACGGGUAGAGAGCAGACAACGCCGGGAUGUCAGGCCUCGCAAUGCAGAGAUGAAGAAGGCAGGAAGACUCCUCUCUCCAGGAGGGCGGUGCUGGCCUCCCUCCUCUGCUGUUUCCUGAGCUUUUGUUUUGUUAACAUAGUCACCUACACCCCUUCCCACCGCACGGACUUGACUGUCCACUGUGGACGGCCCCAGCUCUGUAGUGCACGAAGCAUGGAAUCUCACUGCGCAGGCGUCAUUGAAUUCUGUGGGGUACGCCAGAUAACGUCCCAUUGUUUAGAAGACUGAGGCUCCAGGAGCUAGAAUAAUUUCUCCCAAGAUCAGAGAACCUGGAAAUAGCUGUGACCACGCUCAGGUUCAGUGAACUCGGAUCCCUAGUCUGACCAUGGCUGUAGGGUGCCGUGUGGCAGUGCCUUUGAGGACCCAGCACUGACCCACAGCAAGCUUCUCCCUGAGACUGGGAGCAGCCUGAGCAGGCCCUGCAGGGGUACCCUCCAACCCCAUCAGUGUGGACUGGCACCUGGUUCUGCUGAGGCUCGAGGGACUGUCUGCCUUGUCUUCUGGCCCCACUUCUUGGCCCAGGCCUCCUGGGUACCCUCGGGGCACCUUUAUGCACCUGCUCUCUUGCUCACCCAGCAUGGGCUCCUGGUGGGGCAGGAGGGGCCUGAGCCUGAUCUGUGGCCCUCACUUUCCCUGAGCAGCAGUCCCACCCUUCCUCGCUUGGGUCUGUUCUUGGCCACCUGCCUGGAGGGCUUGCCAGGGGCCGGUGUGCAUGGCCCAUUUCCCCUGCGGGCUGCAGCCAUGGGUGCUCUCCCCCCUCCUCUCAUGCUGCUCUUUCUGAAGUCCCUCCACUCCAUGCCCACCAGGCAGCUCAUGGCAGGCAGUGGCUCCAGUCAGGGGGCAGCCUCAGCGGGAGCCAGGUCUAGAACAGGACGCAGCAGCCCCGAGGGCAUCUGUUCUGCUGACACCUUGACCUAA